AUAAAAACCUACAAAUAUGUCUGACGAUUUCUUUGCUGAUGAUUUCCAGGGUAAUGCGGCCGCUGAUCAGCCUGUGGAUGAUCCUUUCGCUGAUGCCCCUGAUCAGAGCAACGAUGUGGCUGAGGAUCCGUUUGGAGAGGCUGCCCCUGCUGCUGCUCCUCUUCCUGCUGCUCCCGUCGUGGAUGAGUUCAAAUUCACCCGCGAGUGGAACAUGCAAUUCAGAGAGCGCUGCGAGGCCAAGGAUAAGGCUGCCAUGGAGAAGAAGCAGGAAAUCCUCAAGGCUGCUCGUGACGAGCUGCUUGCCUGGAGCGAAGAGAGAAAGAAGAAGCUGGCUUCCAAGGCCGAGAUGAAUCGUGAGGAGGAGUCGAAGCUGAAGGAAGGAAUGGAGCAGGAUAUGGACUGUGCGAAUCCUUGGGAGCGUGUGAACAAGCUGGUUGACAUGAGCGCUCAGGGAGAGCAUGACAUGGGAAGAAUGAAGCAAGUUAUGAUCAGAAUGAAGAAUGAUGCUGCUAAGAAUUAAAGUGAUCUGCUGCGCUUUUUUUCUGUUUGAUACUAGUACGACACU